AUGAGGGAAAUAACCAGCAUCCCACCAACCCUGGGGUUGGAGGAUCUUCUUUUUAAUGGGUACAGUGAACCAGAUGAGGACAAGGAUGAAGUUUUACAGGAUAUGAAGAGCCACUCUGAUAAUGUUACAGUCAUUUUUGAUGGAGUCACUGAACUUUCAUCAUUGGUGGUAAAGAAACUUGUGGAGAAAGAUCUGCUGCCUGAUGCAAAAAUCAUCAUUACCUGCAGACCAGAUGAUGAGGAAGACCUCUGUCCUGAAGACUGGCUCAGAGUGGAGGUGAAAGGCUUCAGCGAGGAGACAAUAAAAACAUAUUUAUCUACAACUCUGGGUGACGAUCACAGGGAGGUUCUGAGUAACGUGGAGCUGAUGACUCUUUGUCAUGUUCCAAUGUAUGCACUGAUGGUGGCUGCCAGCUUUUCAUCAGGAGACUCUCUGCAGCCCAGAACUGUAACUGAAAUAUGCAUCAAUAUUGUUCGGAUUUGUCUCCAGAUCAACAGCAACAAACCCAGGAUCAAGAAUCUCAAUCAGUUCAUCAAAACCAAGGCAAAUGAAAUCCUGUCUCUGGCUGAAGCUGCUUUUUAUGCAACUCAAAGAAAAACUGUGAACCUGGAAGAACUUUCCUGUGACGACAGCUGCGUCCUUUCCUUCCUGAAACAACUUGAUGUAAAAGUGGCUCCUACUGAAACCAGGACUGUCUAUGCUUUUCUCCAUUACACCAUGCAGGAGUUUUUUGCAGCUCUGUGGCUGUUGAAGAAUCCUGAUAAGAUCAGGGAGGUUUUCCAGCAGUGCCUCACUGAGGAGAUGAAACACAUGAAGCAUCUGAUCCCUUUCAUGUGUCGUUUGUUGAUUGAGAAGAGUCCAUGUUUGAUGAGCUGUCUGACUCCAGCUGAGGAGCUCCAGGAAACACGUAAUUGGUUCAUGGAAGAGAUGAUUGAUACAUUUUCCACCAAAGCUGAUGACAACGAGCUUUAUGUCGACACGUUGUUCCUUUGCCAGUGUUUGUAUGAGUCCCAGAGCUCUGAAGCCUGUGUUUACUUUCUGAACAAACUGGACUUCUAUCUGGACCUCAGUGGAGAGGAUCUGGACCCUCAUUCUUGCUGUGCUGUGGCCUAUGUGGUCACUCAGUCAAAAGAAAGGAAGAUAAAUCUGAACCUUGAAGAUGUGACUGUAUCAGAACAAGGAAUGAAACAGUUCUUUGGUUGCCUUCAAAAUGUUGAAUGGCAUGACAGUCUGCCUCUGCAGUUGUGGAUGGUUGUCCUUCUCAGUGAAGGGCAGACAGAAUGUGCAGAAUUACUGCAUCUGUGUAAAAACGACCUGCAUCUUCCAGUUGUUGAGAGCAGCUGCAAAGGUCAAUGUCUGUCUCUACUGGGCUCAAGGAGAUACGGUCUGCAGCAGUCUGUAUGA